ACGCGCCAAUAAAACGCAAAAAAAAAAUUUGAAUGAGUGACUUCUCCUGCGCGAAGAAGAACUGGUGGUUACUUCGGAAGGCGAAAUGGAGCUGCUUUCUCAUAUUUACGGGUUCCAAUAUCGACUCUGGAACUGGUGGCACGGGUCUGUGAUGGGGUUCAGCGCGUCCCUCCAGGGGGAGCAGAGCCACGCGGCGCUCUUGGCCCGCCAGGACGCCGAGCUCCGGCUGCUGGACACGAUGCGCCGCGUGCUCGUAGCCAGAGCCAAGUGCGAUCGGGACUACGCGGCGGCGCUCACCCAGCUGGCGCACACGGCGGCCAAGAUGGAUGCGUCCGAUAACGUGCUCGACGACUCCGAUUUGCAUAAGGCAUGGCACAUAAGAAGUCUAGACGAAUGGAGCAACAUCAUGAGGCAGAAUGCAGACACCCUCGUCAUAGACACGGUGGAGAAACUGGCUGCCCUCAUCACCGAAAAGCGAGCGUCGAGAAAGGUUUACCACGAGGAGCACCAGAGGAUUACUAAUGAAGUCUCGAGGUUACAAGAAGCAGUCAACAAGUCAAAAAAUAAUUAUGAACAAGCGCUUGAACACUACAAGAGCUCAAAAACCAAAUAUGAAGAUCAAUAUCUAAAAGGCAAACCGGGUCGCAAACUGGAUGAACUCAAGGAGAGAUAUCAAAAAGCGUGCAAGAAACUUCACCAAGUCCACAACGACUAUGUCCUCCUGCUCUGUGAAGCUGCAGACUACGAGAGGGACUUUCGGACAGUGCUGUUGCCUGGUCUGCUUGAGUACCAGGAAAGAGUACAGGAAGAUAUGAUUGAUAAAUGGCGAUCACUAUUAUCAGAGGUGUGUGAACUAACAGACACAACCCAAGGCCGAUACGCGCAGCUCCAGGCAGAAGUGGCAUCGGCAGUUUCAGCAAUAUCCCCCAAGACAGAAUAUUCCAGUUUUUCGGAGACUAACAAGAGUUCGCCCCCAGAUCCUGUAUCCUUUGAAUUCUGCAAUGAACUCUUGGGAGACGGUGUAGGAUCUCUCCAGGCAGGGCAACUAGCAGUAGACUCACUCACUGUAGACUCCUUACGCCUACGGCUCAAUGACAUCGAACACAGCUUACGCGAGGUCACGACGCAGCUCCGAGAGAAACAGAAUCUCCUCAACCAGCAUGAGACGGAAGUUGUUAAUAUCAAGACAAAUUCUCUGCAAGACAGUAACAUUGGCUCAAGGUUAGCAGUUUUAAAAAGGGCAAGUGAUGUGUUACGCCGUGAGUUGAAUGAAUUACGAUGUCGUGAGUCAUGGUUACAGCACCAACAUCGCCUCAUCCAUGACCCCUUGGCAGCUCUAGGGUGUGAGGAAGCCCCCCAGCCUUGGGAAGCAACGCAAGUUAAUGGGGACUCGGGCUACCGUUCUAGGUCAUUACUGUCUUUGAACUUUGCGGGCCUCAGGUCCAAUUCCAUUCUCGCUCUCAAUUUUCUGCACCAGCGCUCGGACUCUCUCUCCUUGAAGUCCCGAUCAGCAGCAAUAAAGGAACUCUUACGAAAGCCUUUUAAUCGAAGUAAGACAAGUGACUCCCAAGCCUCCACGCCUCCAACCCCAACAAGAGCCAACACAGAAGAGAGAGCCACCGAACCCGAUCAAAACUCCCUCCUUGAAAUGACACCUGGUGGUCAGGCUGAGGUCCCACAGGCUGUUAAUGGUGUGCAGGAACUGACUUAUGACCCAGACCGAUGCCUAGAGGAUGAGCCAUGGUUCCACGGCGUGCUGCCCAGGGAGGAGGUAGUUCGGCUCCUGGUCAAUGAAGGGGAUUAUCUUGUGAGGGAAACAACACGGAAUGACGAGCAGCAAAUUGUUCUCUCUGUGUGUUGGGGCUCUCACAAACAUUUCAUCGUGCAGACUACUCCUGAAGGACAUUAUCGGUUUGAAGGACCAGCUUUCCCAACGAUCCAGGAACUAAUUCUUCACCAGCAUGGAUGUGGGCUGCCGGUCACGAACAAGUCAGGUGCUAUUCUCCGCAACCCCAUAUUCAGAGAGAGAUGGGAACUGAACAACGACGAUGUGGAAUUACGGGAUAAGAUAGGCAGGGGUAACUUUGGUGAUGUGUAUAAAGCACGUUUACGGGACUCAGGACUAGAAGUGGCUGUCAAGACAUGUCGAGUAACAUUGCCGGAUGAACAGAAGAAGAAAUUCCUACAAGAAGGACGCAUUCUGAAACAAUAUGAUCACCCGAACAUUGUCAAAUUCAUUGGCAUCUGUGUUCAAAAACAGCCUAUUAUGAUUGUCAUGGAAUUGGUGCCUGGCGGCUCUCUGCUGAGCUUUGUGCGGAACCAUAAGGGUCAGCUGACAGUGAAACAGAUGAUGGGAAUGUGCCUCGACACUGCUUCAGGCAUGGCUUACCUCGAGUCGAAGAACUGCAUUCAUAGAGACUUGGCGGCAAGGAACUGUCUUGUGGGUCAUCGAAGCAUUGUCAAGAUUUCGGACUUUGGUAUGUCAAGAGAAGAAGAAGAAUACAUUGUCAGUGAUGGCAUGAAACAGAUUCCAAUCAAGUGGACGGCUCCUGAAGCUCUGAAUUUUGGCAAGUACACGUCAUUGUGUGAUGUGUGGAGCUAUGGCGUGCUAUGCUGGGAAAUCUUUUCUUCAGGAGAAGUUCCUUAUCAGGGUUAUUCCAACACAAAGGCUCGAGAGAUGAUUGAUUCAGGAUACAGGAUGUUGGCACCACCCAACACCCCAGAAGAAAUGUACCAGCUGAUGCUAAAGUGCUGGCAGUAUGAACCGGAAAAUAGGCCACACUUCUCGGAUAUUUACGCUGCUGUCGAUAGUAUAUAUGCUCCAUUAUAGUGACGUGCUUUUUUGGUAAUAGUAAGAUGAAUAAGGAUCCAUUAUAUUAAUGUAUUUUGUUAUUCAAGAUUCUCCCUCUGUUUCCUGUCUUUAUUCAGGAUGGAAAAACUGUAGUAAUGCUCUUUUAUUUUGCCCUUAAUGAAUAUUUAUCUGUAAGAACAGAUAUUUGCAUGUGAAGGUUUAGUGAUUGCAAGGGAAGUACAUAUCAAUUUUUAUGGCAAUGUAUAUUAUGAUGAUGUUAUUAACCUAAGAAUUGUCAUGAAAAAAAAUAAUAUUCACACCAUGUUAACAUUUAGCAGUAAUAUACUGUGAUAAAAAGGAUAAAUAAAUGUUUCUUGGUCUGAGGAUACUUAAUGCAAUAUAUUAUUUUUUAUUCAUAGUUGCACAAUAGGAUAAAUCUUAGUAUGUAUGUACUUGUUCAUGGUAUUUCAUUUGAAAAUUUUGUAUUCAGUAAAGGAACAUUUCAAAAUGUUCUUUUUAAAUCUGGUUCUUAGUAAUAAUGAUAAUAACAAUGAUAAUGAUAGUAAUAGUAAUAAUGAUAAUAUUAAUAAUUAUAGUAAUGAUAAUAAUAAUAAUAAUAAUGGUAAUAAUAAAAUCAUAGUGAUUUAAGCACUUUAAGAUUUAUUAAAAUAUUUUUCAUCUUUACCACAGUAAUUACUGCUAAAAUAUGACAUGCUCUUCAGAUUCUUUUUUAAUGAUUUACACUUAAGAUAAUUAUGAAUGAUUUAUGAUGAUGAAUUCUUUAACAGAUUAUGAACAAGAAAGAGUAGCUUAUAGUAAUAUGAUACCAGGUGCUAAUGGGUCCUUUCAAUAGUGUCCAUGACCUUCUUUUGAUAUUUUGUCGUUGUAUUUUCGAUGACACGUUGCAAGUCGCAUUGCAAUUUAGAAAUAGAAUUUGGUAUAUCAUAGGAAUGACAUGGUAGGUUUGGUGUGGGAGCUUUUUUUGCUUUAAGUUUACAAUAGACCUUUUACAUAUCGGAAUCAGUGUCAUGGGGAUGAACUUUUGAUGUUUUGAUCAAACACAAGACUGAACGGAAUAAAAGGUUUUCGUAUGUCAAUAUAUUUAUUGCUGUUAGCAGCAUGUUUACAUAGUCUUGCCAGCAUAAUAUUAAAAAUAAAAAACAAGGAGAACAUUGUCUAUUUAUGUUCAUACGUCUUGCUCACGUUGCAGUUUCAUAGGGAUAUAACGCUUAUCUUUAGUUAGCCGGGAGAGCAAAAGUAAUAGGCAAUGGAGCGUUAGGAAAAAUGUUGAUUAUCUAUCACCUGUGAUAGCUACCUUUAACUGCUGUAAAUGCUGUUUAUACGAAAGACUUGUUGUAUCAUUGUUGACUAUGUAGGGAGCUCCAGCAGUGUGCACAAGACUAGCGAAUGCAAAAGACUUGUAUUUUGGUGCACAAGAAGAAAUGUAAUUUAUGGCUUCUUGAGGAGAAAUGUGUGCCAUAUAUUACACUUAGAUGUACUAGUGUAUAUGUGCCAUGAAGGAGAAGAUAUUUCUAUAUAAGAAGAUAAAGUUUGUAACAAUUUAUACAUACAUAUAUAUAUAUGAUAGUAUUUAGUUGAAUGAUGCUUCUGUUGCAAUAAGACUGUAAAUAUAGAUUUUACUCUUUGAAUGUCAGUGUUUUGCAGGUAAUUUUAUGAAUAUGAAGGAACCAUGUGUAUAUGUGCUCACUACCAGGUGUUUAAACUACACAGCAGGCAAUAUUAGUUACAUAAUUCUCAGUGUGAAUAAAAGGGAAGGGUAUGUGCAUUUACUGCCUAAUGCACCUUUUUUGUUAGGUAUCUACAAUAACCCAUUUUACAUAUUGAAAUGUAGAUAUGCAAUAAGCCUCUUUGUGCAGUGUGCAAGACUAUACAUGUAUAUUUGAUUCUUCCCUUUUUCUCUCUUUUCUCGCACUUCUGUGGAUUUAUGUAAGUCAGAGGCUGUCACAUGCAACCCUUUUGCUUAACAGCAGCAUAGUAUUUGAAAUGCCAUAAAAACAUUAGAAAAAAAUUCUUGUAUAUGUGUAUAAUAUAUCUAGUCCACUAACCUUUAUGGCCGAAUGAUUAUUAAGGAAAAUUUACUUGUUUAUCCAUGCAAUUGGGCAAUAACCAGCUUAACUAUCCUUGUUGUUCAUUAAUGUACAUAAUUGCUAUGCAUAUUAAUGCUCCAUCUCUCUAGCUUGUAAGCAUUUGCUUUAUGUGAUUAAAUGUUUAUACAACCCUGUGUGCUGUGCUUUCUGAGAGAAUUUGUGCUGAAUGAUCUGAAUAUUUAUAAUAUUUUGUAUGUAUUAAUGCAGAGGUUUAUGCUUCAUGUCAAAACUUGUGGAAACAGUAGCAGUGAUCCGUUUCAUGCUGAUUUUUUCUUUAUGUCUUGGAAUUUAGAUGAAACAAAUUUCAUCCUACAAAACCAAAAUGGUCUUGUACUCUAACUGAUUUCUCUCUGUUAUUGGUUAUCCAGAAUGUAUGUGGUUUGAAACCAUUUCUUUUUCCUUUCACAAUAUAAUAUCACCUUUAGCAGUUAGUGAAAUUCAGAGAUUAAUAGUAAUAGCACUUACUAGUUAGUUUUGAUCAUGUGGCUGAAGUGAUUAGUAAAAUCGCCAAGCCUUCUCACAAGUGUAACUAAUCAAAGAUUCCUUUUUUAUAUGCAAGCAUAUGAUAAGUACAGUAUGACUCAUAAAAAAUAUGCAUUGAAUGGAUGUACCACCACUCAUGUAGAGUGAUAUUUCCUCUCAUUUCUACAUCUUGACCUUUGAUGGGGUAUGCAGUGAUAGCAUAUAGUUGACAAUAUGUUUGCCUCAUCUGCUAAUAGCAACUAACAACCAAAAAAUGUACUUGUUACUCUCUGUAAGUCACUUUUCCAUUAAACUAUUGAAUGUUU